GGUUGCCUACAGCGCUCAAGCUGCUUCCUUACAUACAGUGCUUUGCUGUUGCUUUGGGUCUCCCUCCAAGAUGUGGAGGUUUCCAACUGUCCACGCGUCAUCCAUAAACAAGUUGGAGACACUGUGGAGCUUCCAUCAUGCUUACCAACUGAAGGGGUCACAACAGCAACUUGGAAAUAUGGAGAUAAAACAGUUGUAGACAUGGAACAAAGCUUAAAUACUCAGUCCACAGGUAGAAUAUAUCUAAACAAAAUAACCUUUAGUUUAACAGUGAGAAGACUGACUGCUCAAGAUUCUGGUAAUUACAGUUUUCUCUCAGAGGCGAAGGGCAGGCAAAGAGACACAGUCAUGAUCACUCUGUACGUUCAUGAGCCCAUAACUACACCUGUCCUGACUGCCAACACCACCUCACAUGCCUUCAAUGGAUCCUGCACAGUUUUCCUGCGGUGCAUUUCUGACGGCAAGGUCAACUACAACUGGACCAUGAGGGCCCGGACCCACCGUGGCUCCAGUACACAGCAUUACACCAUCAGGCCGCAGGACGGAGAGACCACAUUCACCUGCACGAUUUGGAAUGUAGUCAGUGAGCGAUCUGCUUCCACAACAGUGACGUGUAGCAACGACACGUCCGACCAACAAAAACCAGUUCCCAGCCCGUCAUCUCUUGUCCCGUUCUUUGUUUGGCUGAUUAUUGGGAUUUCGGUGAUUGUUGUACUUGUGCUCUCGCUGCUUUACUACACAAAGUCAAAGGAUGUAUGUUGUAACAGGCUCACGCAGACUCCUCCAGCCAGCCAGGAUGAAAAUCAACAGCCUGUGUACUCCUCUCUUCUCUAUGGUGAAGGUUCAAUCUAUGAAACAAUGAGAGGCCGUGAAGAUGCUGCAGGUAAUGCAGUAGUAGAUACAAAAUUCCUUCAUCAAUGAGAGGCUCUGAAGACACAGGAAAUGGUCCAUAAAGAUAAGUGCAUCGUCAACAAACACAGAAGAAGCACAGAGAAGCACAGAAGACAUGAAAGACAAUAUUCAUGUUUAGGGUUUUUUUUUGCAGCAUUUAUAUUACUUGGAAUAGUUAGAGGUUUAUGACACAAGUGUUUGCUUAAUGAUUAAUGGACAUUGCUAAAUGAGGAUGAAUGAGCUAAAAGCUGGCAUCUGAGUCAGAGUUCAGUGAGAAAGCCCAGGGACAGACAUUGUAUUGUUUCUCAUAUGUGAUUAACUGUUGUUAAGGAGAACAGAUUAUGAUGCAAAUUCAACAAAAAAAAAAACGUCCUUUUGAAGCUAGCUGUCAGUAUUGUUUUCAUACUGAUAAUUUUUUGUCACGCCUGUAUGUUACAUAUUUAGCCACUUGAUGGUGCGCUGUGGUUUUCCUUCAGUUACCAGGCAGUUCAGUCUGCAAUACAGCAUCUUUACAGCUGCUUCUGUGAGCUCACGUAUAAUGCAUGAUUUAAUUCCUGAGAAUGUUGACUGUGUUUAACAAUGCAUCAUCAUUGUAGACCAUUGUUUUGUAGGUUUUGUGAAUUUCUACAAUUCAGAAUUGUUUUUCCUCCAUUUGGGCGAAAAAUGUUAGAUGUUAGAUAAAGCAUGUACGUAUGAUAUCUUUUAUUUAAUGGAUAUUAUUGUUAUAUAAAUUAAUUUACACUUGUGAACUCAUCUGGUCAUUGCUUCAGAGUUUUGUAAAGGAUAUGAAGCACCAGGGUGUGUUGAUCUUGGUUCUGUUUCUCUAAUGACUCACUGACCAGCAUCACUUAACCGUCAUUGUGUUACUUCUUCUUUCAGAAUAAAUGUGAACAAUCGAUGUUACAUGUCAGGGUUCCAAGUAUUUUACUAAAUGGUCAGUUGGUCUCGCUGAAUGC